CCCUCUCAACCUCGUUAAUGGCUGCUUCCACCUCGUAAUAAUAUAUUUAUAUUUAAUUUCCCUCUGUCUCCUUCUCCACCCUCGGUUGUUUUCCUAACAUUUUCUGAAGCGCCAAAUAACCCUUACCGUUCUCCAUCUUCGUCCCCUCAGGCCCCGUUCAAAUUGUGCCUCAGAAGCGGCCAGAAAAUCCUAAAAGCCUUUCCAAGUCUGGUUUGUCCUUUCUCUGUCUUCCUUCCUGUCAUCAUUGAUUCCCUUCUUCUUCUCCGUCGAAAAUUUUCCAUACCCUCGAGAUAAUCUAAUUGUUAUUUCCCAUUGUCUCCCACGCUGCGCCUCGUUUUCUCCGCUUCCGCCCUCUAUUUAACCAGGUCAUUGUCGUACCAACCCACCUACCCAUUUUCCUCUCCGCUGCUGUACAAUUUACCCAUUUCCCCUUUCUUCGAACUUAAUUUUCCGUCAGCUGCAUUCUUUCUUGCUCUCUCCGUUGCUGCCUUCUCGGUUCAUAAUAAUCCUCUCUUCGCUCAAUCAGAAUGGCUUGUUCUGCAUUUCAUCAAACUACUGGGACACUCCAAUACCAUCACCAGCUGCGGCAAGUCUCUAGUUCGGGGAUCAAUAUCGAGUGUGGAAAUGUGUCGAUGAAAUUUCCUCUCAAGGUGUCUAACCUCGAAAUUGGGCUGUCAAGAAGGGGAGCCUACACAGGCAGUGAGAGAAGUUUAAGAGUAAUUAAAGCUUCAUCUUCUCAGACAUCAGUUGUUGAUCCUGUUUCUUCCCAAUCGAAUGAGGGCACUAAUGAUCUGCGAAAGAAAUCAAGUGAAGCAGCUUUGAUUCUGAUUAGGCAUGGUGAGUCAUUAUGGAACGAGAAGAACUUGUUCACUGGAUGUGUUGAUGUACCCUUAACGAAGAAAGGUGUUGAAGAGGCGAUUGAAGCUGGGAAGAGAAUCAGCAAUAUACCUGUCGACAUGAUAUAUACUUCUGCCUUGAUCCGUGCACAGAUGACUGCCAUGCUUGCAAUGACUCAGCAUCGCCGGAAAAAGGUUCCGAUUAUUAUGCACAAUGAGAAUGAACAAGCAAGAUCAUGGAGUCAGGUUUUCAGUGAUGACACAAUGAAGCAAUCCAUCCCAGUUAUAACUGCUUGGCAACUGAACGAAAGAAUGUACGGGGAAUUACAGGGUCUCAAUAAGCAAGAGACAGCAGAAAGAUAUGGGAACGACAAGGUUCAUGAGUGGCGGCGAAGUUAUGAUAUCCCACCACCUAACGGGGAGAGUUUGGAAAUGUGUGCUGAAAGAGCUGUUGCUUACUUCAGAGAUUAUAUUGAACCUCAACUUCAAUCUGGCAGGAAUGUGAUGAUUGCUGCCCAUGGGAACUCUUUGAGAUCUAUUAUCAUGUAUCUUGAUGAAUUAACUUCCCAGGAGGUUGUUAGCCUGGAACUCUCGACAGGAAUACCAAUGCUGUACAUAUUCAAAGAGGGGAGGUUCGUUAGGAGGGGAAGCCCUGUGGCUCCAUCUGAAGCUGGGGUAUAUGCUUAUACUAGGACUUUAGCUCAGUACAGACAGAAACUAGAUGACAUGUUGAAUUAGAAUCUCAUUGCUUUCGAUCUUGCAACGUAGUCCCGAUACUUGUAAUAGGAAAGAAAGUUUAGAAGGCUGGUAUCCGUGCUUGUGAACCAAAGUUUGGCAAAUUUGUGUAGUUCUACUAGUGUGUGGGAUUCAAUCAAGAGUUUCAGCUGUUUGUUUCAGGGUAUUUUCCCUCUAAAGCAUGGGUGUGUUGAUGAUAUUUGGAUCAUGUAAUGGUGAGAAAUAAACAAUACCCGUGGAUUGCAAAUUUCUCAUGAUGCUGUUGCCUAACUCCUCCUAAGUCCUAACUCAACUCCCAGAGAACAUAGUUUAGAGUUUUCAGUCUCCACCGGUGGAAAGCUGGUAAAUUUCGAUUUGGGUGUCCGGAC